AUGAAUCAAAUCAAACGACAACUAAGUUUAAGUCAAUCGAUCGAUGUGGAAACGAAAAAGCCACGAACAACAUUAAGCGACGAAAGUACAUCGUACACCCGUUUAGAAAAUUUAUCAAAUGAACUUUUGUGCGAAAUAUUCGAAUAUCUUGAUGCUUAUGAUGCAUAUAAAUCAUUUUCAAAUCUUAAUAUCCGUAUAAAAAACCUAAUCGUUUCUUCGUCAAUUUUACUUAGAAUAGAACUUGACUCAAAAUCAACAUCUUUAAUCAAAGAUCGUUGUCAACAUGUUAUUAUUCCAAAUUCACAUCGUAUUGUUUCACUUCAUGUGGCUGAUUAUUCGAAUGAGCAAUUAUUGAUUGAUGCAUUCUUUAAUCAUUGUAUUAUUAAUUCAUCAUUUCAUCGUCUCGAAUCAAUUAUUCUCAAAAGAAUCGAAAAAGAGAAACUUCUCACGACACUUUUUUAUUUUAAUUCUUUACCUCGUCUCUUUUCACUAGUCAUUCUUAUCAAGGAUAAUGAUUAUUGUGAUCUUGGGAAUAUUUAUCCAUUAAUUUUUUCUUUAUCUUCAUUGAAAUAUAACAAACUAAUAACAUCUUCUGAUAAGUUAACAAUUAAUAUUCCACAUGUAAUCAAUAAAACAUUUAGUACAAUUGAAUAUCUGGUUACUGGUCAUUCUUGUACUCUUAAUCAAUUAAAUACUCUACUUCAUUACACACCACAACUUCGUCAUCUGUCUUGUCAUCAAGUGAAUGAAUCAGAUAAAAAAUUCAAAAAAGAUCUAUCAAUGAAAUUACCACAUUUAAAAUCCAUUUAUUUUGUAGAAUUUUCUGCUUCGUUUGAUGAACUUGAAGCGUUUAUUGAGGAAAUAUGUUCUCAAUUACAAAUGCUGAACAUUGGUGUAUGUUAUGAUAAAGCUUAUCUUAAUGGUAAUCGUUGGGAACGAUUAAUUAAAGAAUAUAUGCCGCAAUUAGAAAAAUUCUACUUUAAUUUUACGCCGAGUUCUGAUGAUGAUAGGAAGACAAAUUCAAGUUAUUCAAGUGAUGGAUUCAUUCAUCAAUUUAAUUCACCAUUUUGGCUUGAGCGAAAAUUAUUUCGUGAGCUAGAAGUAAAUUCUAUAACAUCGACUUUUUCAAUUCGUUCAUAUAGAAAAGAAUAUAAUUAUAUUUUUAAUCGAGAAAAAACUGACCAUGGUAUUAUACAAUUGACUAUUGGGAAUAACGAAUAUACCAAACUUGAUAGGCCAUAUAUUAAGAAAUUAAAAUCUGCUGUUAAAGCGAUUCAAUUUACUCAUUUAGAUAUAGAUAAUGAUAACUUGACUAUUAAGAUGUUACUCGAUAUUCUACAUAUGUUGCCAAAUAUUGAAUCAUUAAAACUGUCAUCUAUACCAAUAUUUCCGUUGGAAUCUUUAUCUAGUGAAGAUAUCAAAAAUAAUCUACCAGUAUCGGCUAUUAACAAAAUAACACAAGUUAAACUUGGUCAAGUUACAGAAGACGACGAAGAAGAAAUUGAGUUUUUUAUCAAUCUUUGUCCAUAUAUAGAAUAUCUUGAAGUAGAAUGUAUGUCAGAUACAGAUGUCUCAUUACUUAUGAAAUUUAUUAUGAAUCAAAGGACAUGUAUUCCUAAACUCUGCUGUCUGUGCUUCAUUAAUCCUAUAGCAGAUGACAACAUGGUUAGAAGUUUAGCAGAGGCAAUUGUUUUCGAUAUAGUUAUUGAUAACUAUACAAUUCAACGUAGUGGUGACAAAAUAAGUGUGCAUUGGAAAUUAUAA